CUUGAAUUUUCUUCCGACAAAUCUUUUCACGCUGCUCUGCUCUACACCCUCUCUGCAUACUCUUUCCCCUAUGAGCUGCUCUCCCUUCUCUCAUCUUUUCUCAACAAUUUCUGCUCACAAUCAUAGCAAUUUCACCUCUCCGAUGGAUUUCGUGGUCAUUGUUCUCUCUGGCAACCAACGGCGAUCUUUAAUUAUAGUUCUAAGCGCAGGACAUAGAUCUACAACAAUCUCACCGGAGGAGAAGGCAGCAGUGCCAGAAGACACGGUUUUAGUGCUAUAUGAGGUGGGCGGCAACGACCAUGCCUGACUAGGUGGCCUGUGACGGCGAUUCAGAUGCAGUGGUCAGCAACAACCAUUAAAUAUGUGGCGGCCAAAGACAAUGUUUCAGGGGGCUGCGACCAGCGACGUCGAUUUCUAUUUUAGCGACGGUGAUUUUAAUUUUGGCGACUGCCACUGGCAGCCGACGGUAUCGACUGUGAUGUUAGUUGUUGCGCAGAUCUUCGUAAAGCUUGUAAUGUUAUUUUGUUUUUUAAUAAUAUUAAUCAGUAAUAAAGAAAUCAGUUACUCCGUAUUCAUUUAGGUCAUACUCUUGUAAACAAC